AGACAAUUGCUGUUUCUCAAAGCAGCUCGUAUCAAUAAAGAGAGAGAGAGAGACAAAGAGAUAGAAUUCUGCCACCAGGCUUGCAAACUAAAAAAAAAUGACGAGACACACAAGGAAAGGGGAGUAACAGCUAAAAUGAAUAACCAGCGGGAAGCACUGCAGAGAAAGAAGAACGCAAUCUUAGUGGAUGGCGUAAUUUUAAACGGCCCAGUGGCAGAUACAAAAGCAGGAGAGAAAUUCGUGGAAGAGGCCAGCAAGAUCAUAAUGGAGGAAGUGAUAAAGAAAGCGGCGGAUGUCACAGAAAAGGUGUGUGAGUGGCACCCUCCUGAAAAGCUGAAAACAUUGCUUGAUUUGGAAUUGAAAGACACUGGAGAGACCCAUCAGAGACUCCUGCAGUUUUGCCAGGAUAUUAUACGUUUCAGUGUCAAAACCAAUCACCCAAGAUUUUUUAAUCAGUUGUACGCUGGUAUUGAUUAUUACUCUUUAGCAGCGCGUUUCAUUACUGAAGCAUUAAACCCAAGUGUAUACACCUAUGAAGUGUCCCCAGUGUUUCUGUUAGUGGAAGAAGCAGUCCUAAAGAAAAUGAUUGAAUUCAUUGGGUGGGAAGAAGGUGACGGUAUAUUUAAUCCAGGCGGCUCUGUUUCUAAUAUGUAUGCCAUGAACUUAGCAAGAUACAGAUACUGCCCUGACAUAAAGGAAAGUGGCCUUUCCGGGAUGCCCCGACUGGUGGUAUUUACGUCAGAAGAGUGUCAUUAUUCCGUGAAGAAGGCAGCAUCGUUCUUGGGGAUCGGCACACAAAACGUUUACUUCGUCAAAAGUGACGAAAGAGGUAAGAUGAUACCUGAGGAACUGGAGAAACAAGUGCAGCGGGCAAGGAAAGAGGGUUCAGCACCAUUUUUUGUCAGUGCUACAGCAGGCACUACAGUUCUGGGAGCAUUUGAUCCUCUGGAUGAAAUUGCCGACAUCUGCGAGAAACAUGACCUUUGGCUGCACGUUGAUGCAUCGUGGGGAGGCUCAGCUUUGCUGUCGAGGAAGCACCGCAAACUUCUGCAAGGCAUCCACAGGGCCAAUUCGGUGGCAUGGAAUCCUCAUAAGAUGCUAAUGGCAGGGAUCCAGUGUUGUGCCCUUCUGGUGAAAGACAGUUCUGACUUGCUCAAGCGAUGCUACUCUGCCAAUGCGUCCUACCUGUUCCAGCAAGACAAGUUCUAUGACGUCAGCUACGACACAGGUGACAAAUCGAUCCAGUGUAGCAGAAGAGCAGAUGCGUUCAAGUUCUGGAUGACCUGGAAGGCCCUGGGCACAACUGGCCUGGAGGAGAGAGUAAACAGGGCCCUUGCGUUAGCCAGAUACCUAGUGGAUGAAAUUAAGAAGAGAGAAGGAUUCCAGCUGCUGUUGGAGCCGGAGUAUGCAAAUAUUUGCUUCUGGUACAUUCCACCUAGUCUGAGAAACAUGGAAAAAGGGCAGGAGUUCUGGGAGAAGCUCAAUCAUGUUGCACCCAUCAUUAAAGAGAGAUUGAUGAAGAAAGGCAGCAUGAUGUUGGGGUACCAGCCGCAUCGUGGCAAAGUCAACUUCUUCCGCCAAGUCAUUAUCAGCCCCCAGGUGAGCCGAGAGGACAUGGACUUCCUGCUUGAUGAGAUUGACUCACUAGGCAAAGACUUGUAGUUGAUGCGUCACAGCGCUAGGCUUUCCUUAGUUGUGCAGAGUUUACAGCAUUGUCGCCCAACCUGCAGCCUUCCAAAUGUUGCUGGACUACAACUCCCAUCAUCUGCGACCAUCGGCCAUGCUGACCGGGGCUGGUGAGAGAUAGGGUCUGACAAUAUCUGGAAGGCCAAAGGUUAGCCACCCCCAUACCCAGUUUUCUGGGAGUAAGCCUCCUUGAACUCUAUGGGACUGACCUUUAAGUAGACAUGUCUAGGGUUGUACUGUAAGAAUGUUUGAGACAUGAUGGUAUUAGACUAUGUAAUCCAUAGAUAAGUGCCCAGCUGGCUGAAGCCACUGCCAGGAACUCCUGGAGAAGUGGCAGUCAUUCUUUGUAGCCUUGCUUGUAAUAAAGAGACACUGCUUUUCAAAACAGGAAAUUAGUGUCUAACGUUGAUAUGUCAUUGGCUGAUAACUGAAUGCUAAAAUGGGCCUCAUUAACCACUAACAUAUAUUGUUAUAAAUUAAUUAAAGUGAAUGGAGUUAAGCCAUCACUGUGGUAGGGCCAGGUUUAGAUCAGUGGGUAUUAAGUAAAAAAUUACCUUUAUAUGCAUUGUGAAGAUUAGACAUUCAGGAUUGGUGGGCUCUACUUAUGCAAGAGGUGGUUUUUUUCUUACUAACUAGUAAAUUAAGUGUUGUGCACUCAUUAUCAUCCACCAUUUUUUCCUGGAAACAUCCAAAAUGUUAUAUACAAAAUACUGGGUUGGGGGAAGACUAAGUCAAUUCUACUUAGGUACCAUUAAAAUCAAGGGGAAAGUGGGUGAUGAUUUCAAUGGGAUCCAAGUUCAUAAAGUGUGAUUCAGUCUGAAUCCAUCCUAUUGUAAUUUGCACAUCAUCCUUUUCUGUUUUUAUCUUGGGGCGGAGAGAUUGUACACAGUUUCUAAGACAGUUUGUAUUAAAUUUCUAUUGCUAAAACAUCAGCAAGGUAUUUCUUAAGCAUUUUAGAGGCCUAUUGAAGUUAAAUAAAUUCCACAUGUGUAUGUGUGUGUGUAUAUA